AUGAAGAUCUUUGUUAGUUCCCAGAACGUACCCAUAGGGUACACAGUGCCGCCAUUUCCAUCACUUUAUUGGCCAUUAGGUCCCACCUCAUCUGAUUUCCAAUCACUGUAUUUAUAUUAUUCAUUCGACAUAUGGAAGUUUACUGUAUUUUGGUCUCUAAUAUUGUUCGGAGGGUUCUAUCUUACUGCAGGGUUGCUAGCUGUUUUUAACCAAAUUUCCAACAAUUAUCGCCAUAAAAUUUCUAAUCCCAUACUGAAGGGAACUAUAUUGGGAUGUAUAGUACUAGUUCUGAUGUACUUAUUGUUAGGUUUAGCACAGGGGUUCAUAUGUGGCGCUAUAAUUGGGUUGUUACUACUGGCUAUUUAUAAAGCUGGCUCUUUAAAUAUGAGUACAUGGAUUCCUUUCUGCUGGGGAAUUGCGGAAAUCUUAUUCAACGUGUGUUGCCUGUACCUGACUAGCCUGGUUAUAUUAUAG